AUGGCGUCGGGAUGUGAUUCCUUUGGCCAUCUUGUAUUCUGUUCGAUCGUCUCCUUCCUUUCUUCUUCCUUGGUGUUUUUUGGACUCCAGAGGAUCAGUUUCCACCGGUGUUCGCGCCUUCUUGAGGCACUUUUUCUCGUCCUAUCUUUUGGAUUUGCCGACCAAAAUGAUGUUUUGAGGUCGCCUGUGAAGUUUGGUGGACUUCGGUCGUGCCGUUUGGGAGAUGGUCGAGCAUUGUCGCUUGGUUCGUCGAUUCUGGCCGAGAGAGUGAUUGGAAUGUGA